AAUACAAUUGAAAAGGGAAGCGUUGCCCACAUUAAAUAAACCAUUGAUAGAUCCAAGCACAAGUAAAACAAGGACUUAUACUGAGAGAAGACAACGAACAAAGGUAAUUUCUGACAAUUAAUGUCUGCGCAAAACAUUUAUUUAUUGAACAAGGGACUUUCAUUUUCAUCCAUUUGCUACCAGUACACACCAAAAAAUGUUCUUUCAUUUAUAGGGCAUCACUGACCUUUUUAAUCCUGAAAGUUCAACAAGUAAAGCAGAUGAAGAAUACUCACCAGACGAGCAUUGCGAUGUUGAUGAAUGUCUAACUGACCCUACUGACUGUACCGUAGAAUUAGACGCGUUGCCUAGUACAUGUAUGUCGGAACAGACACGCGAGCCUGAAAUAUUUUUACAUGAUUCUCUUCUUCGAACAAAAUCAACACAGACAACAUUUAAACCAUUUAAACCUGUGUCAAGAUCGGUUAGAACACAGACAUUAGCCGACGCAACUUCGACGUUUUUUCAAACAUGGAAACCAGUGACAAGAUCAAUCAAGACACAAACGUUGGGAGACGCAACUUCGACGUUUUUUCGUACUGAUUCGGAAGCUCGACCAGUAAACGAAGUUGUGGACAAUAUGACAUACCAGGGAAAAUCCCUUAAUAUUGAGCAGAUCCAGACCAAUUACACUGCUACAACAGCGACAGAAGAAGACGUAGAGAGCAUACAUAGCAGUAACAGCGAGGAUUCAGGAAAAUCGGACAGUAACUUUGUAGAAACCGAGCAAGCCGAAGGGGCAUCUACCGACAGCGAGGAGAGCUGCGACGAGUCGGAUGAACGAGGGGAAACCCCCACAAGAUCAAAUAAAACUCAUUGUAUUUGA